AUGGUUCACACUCCAAAUGACAACCUGCCGUCCAAAAUUUCGAACAUCAAUGCUUCUCAAAUGAAUGAUAUCCCUCAGACUUCCGUCGAACUCAUCAUCAGUCAAGCGCCAAGUGCAUCUUUGCGCUCCGAUGCUCGAGUUGGUUCAACAGAUACAUCAGCGUCCGUGACAGGCCUCGCACCAAUUCAACACAGCCCAGAUCCCUGGGUCAUGGAUGCCUCUGUGGCCCGUCAGGAAUGGACUCCAGAUGCUAUAUCCCCUCAUUCUGAACCAUCGGAAUCUGUCUCUCAUUACGAUCCCAACCAAUGCUCUCGACAGAAUUCUCAGAUUAGUGGACAAACUAUAUCCCCGGAACCCCCAGGUUUCACCCGUAGUAAUGGUACCAGCAGCGAGUCUCGUAGUCAGUGUCAGCAAUGGGCUCCUCGUUAUUCGGACCAUUAUUCUCCCCCUCCUACAUCUGCAACAUCAUCUCAUCAUCGGCACCUCGAACAGAACGAGGCCAGAGCUUACAGGCUUCCCAUUCCUCCCCGUCCAACUUCGCCGAUGAACAGUGGCAGAAAGAGGCCAGCGGAGCACGACAACGAAGAUGACAAUCACUAUCGGAAUCCUCGUGGACUUGCCCGUCGCUCCCCUGCUACAGAAACGGAGUGGCGAAGGGGUCGUUCUAUUUCACCAGAGCUGCACAGCUCAAUUCUUGAUCGACUACGGUCACCCUCACCCUCCUGUCAAAUUAGGCCGUACAUUGACAGAGAUGCACUUGAUAGGCGUGGGCGGAAUGAGGGCGGUUACAGACCAGAUUACCCCAACACCGCGGAUGUCCAGCGUCCCUCCGAUUCGGGAUACAGCGUGGAAGAGCAUUCCACUCGCUGUGAAGAGCGCGAUCCUCGUGGCGACGAGCCCUCACUUCUAGGGCAAAUUUCAACUCCAGGAGGACGUGGAAACACCAACCGCGGUUGGGGGCGCGGUAAAGCCUUUGCCGCCGAGGCCCUUGGAGAGACGCAUCGCGAAGUAGGGUGGAACCCUGGCAUCCAUAAGAGCGCAACCUCUUUUACAGACCUGCAUACAAUCAAUGGACACGUCUUCGACACUUUCCAUGAAGCAGCAAGUGACCUUGGCCUCUUCAACAAUCUUCAAGAAGGAUUUCUCACCUUGCAGGAAGCGGUGGACUCGCUCAGAACACCUUCCCAACUCCGUUUUCUAUUCGCUCAAAUCCUACUUGAAGGUUAUCCAGCCACGCCUCUUUGGGAAAAGUUCAAAGAUGCUCUCUCACUAGAUCAUGUCGUGCGUCUCGCAAACGAUGUCAAUGGUCAAAACUUCGCGCUGCAGCAGAUCGACGAUAUUCUCUCACACAACGGAAGGCACCUUGACCACUUCAGAAUUUACUUGCCACAAAGACGGACGGCAGAGUUGCUGAGCGAAGAUCACUUUCUCACUGCAAACCAAGCAACUUUUGAGGCCGAACGAGAUAACAUGUGCGCGUCUCUCAAUCCAGAACAACGCCACAUAUUCGAUGUUAUUUGUGAUGGAAUCGACAGCAGAAGAGACGCCACUUUCUUCAUAGAAGGUCGACCUGGACAUGGCAAAAUGUUCAUGAUUAAUGCCCUAUCUUCCACCCUCAGAGCUGCAGGACACAUCGUGCUCAUCGUUGGCAGCAGUGCUCUCUAUGCAACAGCAUACAGACGAGGAUGGACGGCUCACUAUAUGUUUGGAAUUCCUGUCACUGAUGAAAGCACGGACCUCCAUUCAAACAUCCACCCAUUCUCGCCAAGGGCCUGA